AUGAAUCAGAAAUACCCCCCAUACACAAACGACAACACGACCCCACCCACAGUCUCACUACGCGACUAUGACGACGCAGAAUGGGCCGACACCACAUGUGUCGAUUACAGGCCCGAUUUACAAGGAUACGUUAUUGUUGAUUUGGAACAGACCGAUUAUGUUGUGGCUCAUAUCGACAAGACCGAUAAUAAUGUUUUGGAUGUCAUUUUCAAAAGUGCUAAGGAGACACAUGCCAAGCAACAGCAACAGUAA